AUGUCUCGCUUCUCCCACCUCGACACGGACGAGGAACGCCUCCCGCACGGCAUGCAGCGCGUGGGAUACGACGCCGACACACAGGUCUAUACGUACCAGGACAUCGACGGCAGCUACUGGGAGGGCGCACCGGGCCAGCAGUACGGGCAGCUGACGCAGGUGUCCGGAGCAUCGUCCGGGCUGGCCGAGGAAGCCGAACACGACCCCUUCAUCCCGGGCUCCGGCCCGGGCGGCGGCAGUCGACAGCAACAACUUUGGACGGAGAAGAGGUCGUGGAGGCAGGAGAUGAGGCCGCUUCUCAACUUCUUCGUCAUCAUCGGACUGUUCCUGCUCGUGCUGACUUGGUGGCUGUACCGAACGCCCAGCGAAACCGAAGUUGCGCCGGAGUGCGGUCAGCAGGCUGUGCCGUAUAAGAUUGAGCAGGGCAACACGUGCUGGGCCAUCGCGACGGGGCAGAAGAUUAGCACCGAGGAGUUGAUCAAGGCGAACGAGGGGCUGGACUGUGAUAAAUUGCAGGUCGGGAGCUUCAUCUGCGUGCCUACUGUCCGGGAGGCGGCAUGA